UUAUUUAUUUAUUUAUUUAUUUGUUUAUUUAUUUAUUCAGAUUUUUUAUUUUUCAUAGUUUUUUUCAUAUUUAUUUACAAAAUUUUAUAAUAUAUGCGGAACAAGUAUAUAGGGACUUUUCAUUUGUUAAGGCUAAGCAUGCAGCCAAUUUGUCGGAGUAAAUUUUAAAGUAGUAUGGGACAUCAACCAUUCUAGUGUGUAAGUUUUGUUCUGCCUGUGUUCCCGAAUCGUCAAACUUCGUCCAUCAUCGUGUCUGCUAUCAUCGUCAUCGUCGUCAUGGAAGUAUGAUCGUCAGCUAUGAGUUAUGAUGGGGUAUGUUUGGGGUUUAUGUGCUGGCUCAUGGGAGCUAUAAAUAGUUGCCGCGGAAUAGAGCCAGGCCUCUAGUAAUUUUUAAAAGUCCGGAGGAGUGACGCGAUAGUGUCGGUCCGCGAGUUAGUCCGUCACCAUACUGACCGCGGUAGUCCCUCGUAGUUCCGUUACAGUGUGUAGGAAGUGCCUUUAGAGCCUAGAAGUUUUUAAUAAGAACCUACAUUAAAACUACGAAUAAUAGAUGUAAAACCAAAAUCCACAGUUAAAAUGCCCUAAAAGUUAAACAUCUAAAACAAAUUAAAAGUUGUACGGAUCACCGGAAACUCACCACUAACGGUUAAAAAAAAGUGCACCCCAGACAAUUUAGUUAGUUUUAACCGCGCUAGAUUUUCGGUGAUCGUUAACGUACGCCAUGUGAUCAAGCGAGCCAGUGGUGAACAAUGAACUGCAGUUAUUUGUGAAUAGUGUUAUUGUGGCCAACCGGACAUAUUGUGGAAGACCCGUGAACAAUGGCAUUUCGUCAAACCUGUGGUUGUCCGGUAAUUGGUGCAUGCUCGCUUGAUCGGCCACAAACGCGCGCUCUUUAGUACCACUCCCCGGACUGGGACAUUGGCCACCGUUACAAUCGGCCUUACCGACACGCGACCGGGUUUUUCGAAACGUUUGGAAACCACAGUGAAAACCCCAAGCCCCAAGAAGAAGAGAGAAGAGGAGAAGAAAUUGGAAGUGUAGAAGGAGAAAGAAGAAAGAAAGUUCCCCUUUGUGCCCGCUGAACGAUGUUCCGGAGUCGUCGACCAUGCAUGCCAACGGAGUCAUCGAUCGGCCGCAACGGUGAGCGCUAAAAGUUAAUAAAGUAAAAAAAACGUCAAAUAGAGUUUUCCGUUUCUUGUUUUUUCAAUAAAUGUUGUGUAUGGCCUUCUUAACCUCAACUGUUCUUUGUUUAAGAUUAUUUUCCAUGUAAAGAAUCUUGUUCCGCCAUUUUGAAUUGUAUUUGUCCGCCUUGCCACCAAAUAUACACGGGAAGAUUGUCCGGGAGAACCACCGUAAACGACCCUGAGAAAAGUAGGUUGACAACCACUGCUCCAUUGAUUUUAUAUGGGACAGGGGUUCCCAACCUACUUUCAGUAAGUAUCAAUUGGCGCCCAACGCAAAAGUUUUGAAAAAGUGUUUUUCUUCAAGGCCUGAAGUAAAACCCUUUUUCGAUCGGUCUCCCGGAGAAUUUCAAUUAAUUUAAUUAAUUUCAAUAAUCGCGUGGUCGUUAAGUGGAAUUAGUGGACUCAAAUACUUUAUUGCGAAGGUUGUGGAAAAAUCAAAUUGCGGAUUGUUGCGGAUGAUGAUAACCCAUUACAUAAAUGCAAUUAUUUCAAGUGUUGAGUUUAGUUACAAACCAGAAAUUUGAGCAACUUAGUUAUUAAGGAGUUCUUUCUGGAGCUUCGUUCAAUUCAACUAAAUCAGUGUUGCAUUUUUUUCCAUCUACCAACAAAAGCUUAUUUUUUGCAAUUUAAUCAAAGGAAACUGUGAUAACUUAGAUUAUUUAUUUAUUUUUUUUGUGUUUCCUGUGAUAUAUUUAUUGAGAUGUUAUUUAUUUAAAUAUUUAUUCAUAUAUUUAUUUAUCUAUUUUUGUAUUAUAGUGUCUUUGUUAAUAUAUUCAUAUAUUUAGUAGAGGCAUUUAUUUACAUUAUUUAUUGAUUAUUUUUCAUAGUUAUUCAUUUACAUUAUUUAUUUAUUUAUUUUGAUAGUUUUUCAUAUUAAAUAUCUCAAUAUUUUUUUCAAUUAAAACCAAAAAGCUAAAAUGGCUUUAGCUCGCCCAACAUUCGAUCAAGCUAGUGAGCUUAUCAUUAAAUGGUAUUAUUCCAUGAGAGUAGAUUUUCUGGAAGUCGAUGAACUGGAGUGGGAACUUGAAUCUCGAUCAAUAACAAUAGACGACAGCCUGAGCUUAACUCAGAAACGAAAAUGGUUGAGAGAUAGCCUUAAAAUUGAAAAACGUAGUUCAAUGUCGUGCUUAGUAGGUAUUUUAAAAGGCGAGGUCAAAAACGAAAUUGAAACAUGCAUUCAUAAGUUCCUAGAAUUGAAGGAGAAGUGGGAGUUAAUUGCCAAUGAUGAUGACAAAAAUUGCCUUGGUGCACGUCUGUCUCAUGUAGGAGCUCGAAUGGUGGUGAUCUUAACAUCGGCUAAAAAUUCACCAAAUUUGCACAGUAAGUUACAAAACAUGCUAGUGGAGCUGGUUGGAAUUUUAGAACAAGGGUUGAAUGAUCCACCACUAAAUGAAACGGUAGAUGAAUUAGCAAAUCCGGUAGAAAAUAAUACAAGAGUUAAUCAAACGAAUGCAAACUUAGCUGAGUGUGAUUUAACAGUAACAACACCGCCUCCUCGAAUGACAGUCUUGAGUCAGGAGGACCUCGACUGGAUUCAUUCUUUGCAAAACAGAAUUGUGGAUUUGGAGUUUGAGCUGCAACGCAGGAAAGGAAGAGAUGUGGGAACUCAAACGUCCGACGAGAUCGCUCCGCUUCGGGAACCUCCCCGUAUGACUUACUACAAUCCUAACCAUAAUUUCGGUUCGUUUCCAUGGACCAACCCUCGUCCUCAAAAUCCUGUACCAUCUGUGGAUCAUUUCAAACAAUCACAUGGAGCGGAUUCAUGUGACACUCGAUUGAGUAACGCCCAUAGUAAUCCUCCUAUGAACACAACUUUUCCAAUUUCAUCCCACCAUUCAAAUAUCAACAGACUAGGGAAUGAUCCCCCUAAUCAACAGACAUCCCUUCCAUCAAACCCCAUCCAGCAACCAGUUCAUGAUCAAUCGCAUUUCCAGUCGUUCUCUAAUCCAUACCUUCCUAACCAGUAUGCAGUACCAUAUCAGACACGUCACACUUUACCUGUUUCCAAAUGGAAUAUAGCAAAGUAUAGCGGAGAUGAUCAAGGUCUCAAAUUAAACGAGUUCCUGGAGCACGUUCAGGCACUUUCCCAGGCGGAGCGUGUCUCGGAACGAGAGUUAUUCGAGUCAGCGGUACACUUAUUCACUGGGUCGGCGUUGAAGUGGUACAUGUCCCAACGAUCGACUGGAAGACUGAUGAACUGGCAACAUCUUUUCUUUGAACUGCGUAGAACCUACAUGCAUCCGGACUUGGACGCCUUGAUUAAGAUGAAAAUCUAUCAAAGGCGCCAGCAAAAGUAUGAAUCUUUUCAUGAAUUCUACUUUGAAAUGGAGAAAUUGUUUCGAACGAUGAGUUGCCAGAUCCCGGACUUCGAAAAAAUGCAAAUUCUCCAGCAAAAUAUGCGGGUGGAUUACAAACGGCAAAUGACGUUUCUACCAAUCGCUGAUCUAGAAACACUGGUAGCGGCUGGUCAAAAGCUGGAUGCUUUAAAUUUUUCCGCCUAUAACAAGGUCUUUGGAACAGACAAAACUGUUCAAGCGAUCGGUAACAAGGAUUCAGGCGGGAAAAAGAAGCAGAAAAGCAAUAUAAGCCAGUCUGAUCCUCAAGUCUCUGGCCAGAUAGCAAGCGUAGGUCAGCCAGGGCAGUUCAAUCCUAACCGAGGUAAUCGUAGCCAACAAAGGCCUACUCCAAAUCAGGAUACUAAACAAUUUCCUCCAAAUCACUCGCGUCCCGAGCCUCAAAGCUCACAAGCUCAAAAUCCACCCAAAGAAGCGGCUCCGUCCAAUUCUCCGAUGCCUGGUCCAUCAGGGACCCAGCCACGACCAACGCUUACGUUAGAUGACGUGGUCAACAACCAUACUCCCCCUCCGAAUAACACUUGAGCAGCUCGGAUUGGUCCCUAAACUGUGUUCCAGUUAUUAAACCAAACAAGGUAAGGCUAUGCUUAGACGCGCGCAGAAUCAAUGAGCGAACUGUGCGUGAUGCAUACCCUUUGCCGCACCCUGGACGCAUCUUAGGUCAACUUCCAAAAGCAAACUUCCUCUCAACCAUCGACCUUUCCGAGGCCUUUCUUCAGGUCCCUCUUGAUCCAGAAUCAAGGAAGUAUACCGCGUUCAGUGUGCAGGGCAAAGGGUUGUUCCAGUACACCAGAAUGCCAUUCGGCCUUAUAAACAGCCCAGCCACUCUAGCUCGGCUUAUGGAUUCUGUUCUUGGCCAUGGUGUACUGGAACCGUACGUUUUUGUGUACUUGGACGACAUUGUUGUGGUCACAGAAACGUUCGAGCAUCAUGUACAGCUCCUCACUGAAAUUGCGCGUCGUUUAAGCCAAGCCAAUCUCAGUAUUAAUCUCGAGAAGUCCCGCUUUGUAGUCUCAGAGGUCCCAUUCCUAGGGUAUCUCCUGAGUACAAACGGCCUGCGAACCAAUCCAGAUAAAAUACGACCGAUCGUGGAAUACGAACGGCCAACAACCAUCACCAAGCUUCGGAGAUUCCUAGGAAUGGUGAACUACUACCGUCGAUUUAUAGAAGGCUUCAGCGGAGUUACUGCACCUCUAAGUGACCUCCUCAAAACAAAGUCGAAGGUGAUUCAAUGGUCAGAAGCUGCUGAAGAAGCCUUCUGCCAAAUUAAGGAGCUUCUGAUUUCCUCUCCUAUACUCGGAAGUCCCGACUUCACAAAGGAAUUUGUGAUUCAGACUGAUGCCAGUGACGUUGCCGUAGCAGGGAUUUUGACACAGCAACAGGAGGAGGGAGAAAAGGUGAUUGCUUACUUCUCGCACAAGCUUACUACGCCACAAAAGAACUACCAUGCGGCUGAGAAAGAAGCUUUGGCCGCAAUUCUAGCAAUAGAUGCCUUCCGUGGCUACAUAGAGGGAUACCAUUUCACUCUAGUUACGGAUUCAUCGGCGUUGACUCACAUCCUGAAGACCAAGUGGAAGGUAGGAUCCAGGUGUAGUCGAUGGUCGCUAGACCUACAGCAAUUUGAUAUGACCGUGGUUCACCGUAAAGGUAAGGACAACGUCGUCGCAGACGCACUGUCGCGAAGCCUCGUGGCCGUCAUUAAUUCACCUGAUUCAUCCUGGUAUUCUACCAUGGUCGACAAGGUGUUAAACCAACCAGACGACUUCGUAGAUUUUAAAGUGGAGGAUGGACGUCUAUAUAAGUUCAUUUCUAACCGCGAUCUUCCUUGCGAUUCCCGUUUUGAGUGGAAAAUGGUUCCCAAAAGUAGCAAAAUCCCAGGUGUUCUGACUGACAGUCAUGAUUCUUGUCUUCACCCAGGCUAUGAAAGGACGCUCGCUCGCAUCCGUCAACGGUACUAUUGGCCGAAGAUGGCAGGAGAAAUACGUGCGUAUGUCCAACAAUGUGGCACUUGCAAGGAGGUUAAACCUGCUUCAAGACCUUUAGCGCCUGAGAUGGGCCGCAUGCGUAUUGCCAGUCGUCCGUGGCAAAUUAUUUCUGCCGAUUAUAUCGGUCCACUCCCUCUUAGCCGCCGUGGAAAUCAACACAUACUGGUGGUAACUGAUUACUUCUCCAAAUGGACUUUAAUCCAACCAGUAAGAAGUGUCAGCAGUUCAACUCUCUGUUCCAUACUCAAAGAGCAGUGGAUUCUACGGAAUUCCACCCCAGAGGUAAUAAUUACCGAUAAUGGGAGCAGCUUUAUAUCACGAGAGUUCAAAGAACUGUUAAAUCAGUUUAAAAUUAAACACUGGUUAAAUUCUCGAUACCAUUCCCAGGCAAAUCCUGUGGAAAGGGUUAACCGAACCAUAAACGCUGCGAUCCGCACUUACGUGAAGGAAGACCAACGUCUAUGGGAUACCCGAACUGCUGAAAUUGAAAUGGUUCUUAAUACCAGUGUACACGCUUCAACGGGAUUCACCCCAUAUUUUAUCACACACGGCUACGAGUUA